GGGAAGACGGGAUUAGGCUCUCCACUCCGCGGAGGGGCGGGUGGGAGGCUCUACAGCACAAGGCACUUUCGCGUUCCCGAGAGAAAAGAAGUGUCUUUCCCAUAAAAGACUCGUGGAGACUCUUAGAGAAAGAGUCUUCUCCAAUCUAACCACUCAAAAAAAUCCUUCCCCACCUGGCACCCUGAAGGCGGCCCUGGUCCCGCCCCCCCUCUGAUCUUUUAAAGGGGCCGCGCGGGGCCGAGGGGGUGGGGCCGUGGGAGGGAAAGUUGGGACGGUUGCAAAGAUCCCUGUGUGGACUGGGGGGUCCGGUGUUUGGGGUUGUGGGCGCCGGUGGCCAUGGGGGUGGCUCGGGCUCUCUGUAAGAGCAGGUCCUGAGCCAGCCCUUCAGCUUGCACACAGGAGUCCCCAAUGAUGUGGGCAGAGGCCAGGACAGCCCUGGCCCUGACUCUGACCCUCUUGGUGUCCCUGGCAUCCGCAGGGCCCAGAAGUGAUGAGACAAAGCCCACCGCCCCACCCAUCUUCACUCGAAGACCCUUCCUGGUGGCCUGGAAUGCCCCCACCCAGGACUGCUGGCCUCGGUUCCGGGUCUCUCUGAACUUCAGUGUGUUUGAUGUGAAGGCGUCACCCAACGAAGGCUUCGUGAAUCAGAAUCUCACCAUCUUCUAUCGAGAUCGGCUGGGCUACUACCCAUACCAUGACUCCCAUCUGCGCCCAGUGCACGGUGGAGUGCCCCAGAACAGUAGCCUGAUGGAGCACCUGGAACGGUUGCCCGAAGGCGUGCGGCACUAUAUCAGAUCCCCCGAUCGCGAGGGUCUGGCGGUCAUCGACUGGGAGGACUGGCGCCCGGUCUGGAUCCGAAAUUGGCAGAGCAAAGACGUGUACCGAAAGGUCUCCCGCCAGCUCGUCAGCCUCCGCCACCCCACCUGGUCACAGGAGCAGGUGGGCAAGCAGGCGCAGUACGAGUUUGAGUUUGCGGCCCGGCAGUUCAUGCUGGAGACCCUUCGGUGGGCCAAGGAAACCCGGCCCCGCCAGCUCUGGGGUUUCUACCUCUUCCCUGACUGUUACAACCACGACUAUGUGCAGAACUGGUCUAGCUACACGGGUCGCUGCCCAGACGUGGAGGUCUCCAGGAACGACCAGCUGGCCUGGCUCUGGGCCGAGAGCAGUGCCCUCUACCCUUCCAUCUACCUGGAUCCCAUGCUAAAGUCCUCCUCCAACUGUCGGAAGUUUGUGCGCUCCCGGGUGGAAGAGGCCCUGAGGGUGGCCCGGGAGCACCACGCCGGCUACUCCCUCCCAGUCUUCGUCUAUACUCGCCCUACCUACACCCAGAGCUUCACCGUCCUCAGCGAGAUGGACCUCAUCUCCACCAUUGGGGAGAGUGCAGCACUAGGAGCGGCUGGAAUCAUCUUCUGGGGAGAUGCCUACUAUACCAAGAGCCCGGAAACCUGCCAGAAAAUCAAGGAGUACCUGGAGAGCCGCCUGGCCCCGUACCUGGUGAACGUGUCCGAGGCCGCCCUGCGCUGCAGCCAGGACCUGUGCCACGGGCACGGGCGAUGCUAUCGGCGGCAGCCUGGAUCCAAUGCCUUCCUGCACCUGAACCCCCAGAGCUUCCGCCUGCGCCCUGCCGAGAGCCCCGAGGAGCCCCUCUUCCGGGCCGAGGGCCAGUUUAGCCCAAACGAUCUGGCCCAGCUCCGGGAACACUUCCAGUGCCAGUGCUACCAGGGCUGGCACGGGGAGAGUUGCCAGCACAGCCGAAAAGCCCCAAACAAGGGCAGCCCCAGCGGCCCCUCGGCCCUGGCGGCCCUGAUGGCCCUGGGCCUCUUGUUGCUCCCCCGAGUGCAAUAGGCAGCCGUGCCAGGGUUCUAGCGGAGGUCCCUCGGAGCCCGGGAGCCUGCAGCCCAUGCGGUCGGGGUUAGGGGAGAGAAAGGAGCCCCCACGUGGCAACGGACUCCUCCCCGGCCAUGCCUUGGCCUGCUUCACAGGGGCAGGGGUGGGGGCAGAUCUUCCGUGUGUCUGUCUGUGUCUGAGGGGGACUAGCCCCCAUCCUGUGCCUAUAUUUCCCCCUGUUUUAAGGGGGGAUGGUGAGAGUUUGUGUGAGAUGCUGCUGGGUGUCUCCCCAUGCUAGGGGAGGGACUGGUAGUGGGGAAUAGGGAUGGGGGGCACGGCAGGGCCGUGGGGAGCCCCCUGCCCCUCUCCUCUCUAUAUUUUAUUAUUAUUAUUAUUAUUAUUAUUAUUAUUGGGAUAUUUUGUAAAUUAAACAGAAAAAGAAACAA